AAUUAUAAGGUCAAAGUUCAUGGACAUAGUCCAGGCUCGGUUAAAACAAAGAUACUGUGUAUAAUUAUAGCUAUAGUACAGUGCAAGUGAAGAUCUACACUCCAGUGUCAUGCAUGGUAUACUAUCUGCUCAAUAGUAUAGUAAUACAGAACGAUGUCUCUCACAGUAAAUGAUCUCAUGGACGUCUACAAGAUCACAUUUGGAGUUCGGAACAAGUGGCGCAAUGUCUUACUUCUACUGAGUAUCAACAAUACUACAAUCGACAGCAUUGGUGUGAGAUGGCGUGAAAAUCCUGAUGAUUGCUAUCGUGAGGGAAUUUUGGAGUGGCUGAAAGGUGGGAAUAGAAGUUGGAGGGAUUUGAUGGUAGCUUUGUCUGGUCCAAUUGUGGGUCACAGCGACAUAGCCAAGGCAAUUGAGAGACAUCGAAUUCAGCGUCGUGUUGAUCCUCUACCUCCCCACCAGAAAAUGAAUGAAGAUUUGCUAAUUUUUACAAACGAAAACAUUGGUGCUGGUGCAUUCGGGGCAGUUUUCAAAGGACUCUACAAAAGCAACCCUUGUGCAGUGAAACUUUUACAUCAUGUUACUAUUCAGAUGCAAACCAACCUUCCAGCUAGUACAGAGGCAACAGAGAGAGGUAUGGAAGCUCUUCAGCGUGAAUUCGAGCUUCUGAAAUCAUUUCAGCAUCCAAAUGUUGUCGAGUACUUAGCGACGUGUAACCAUCCCAAAUCUGGUGGAACAGUUCUCGUUGUUGAGCUCAUGGAUUGCAGUCUAAGAUCCUAUCUGUCCCGUCUUGGUGAAGAGUCCCUCACUAGCGAAUGUGAAGUUAGCCUUUCUAACGAUGUUGCUUCUGGCCUUGCAUAUAUUCAUAGUAAGCAGAUAAUCCACCGUGACCUUUGUAGCGAUAACGUGUUGCUAAAUCUCGCUCAAAUUCCUUUGGCAAAAAUCUCUGAUUUUGGAAACUCUCGGCUGUUUGAUCCCGACCAACUUAGCUCUACCCUUGCAGCCGUUAGCCACAGAAUGGGGUUCCUUCCUCCCGAAGCUCUCAGAAUGGAUGAUGAUAAUUAUGAUCAAAGCCUGGAUGUGUUCUCCUUUGGGGUGGUCAUUGUUCAAAUUGUUCAUAAGCGACCGACUAUCAAAUCAGCUAAGGAUCGAUCAUAUUAUUUUGGCCAGACACCUCUCACACACAAGUUAAGACCACUUAUUGAUGGCUGCUUGCAAAAAGACGUAAAAAGAAGACCGUCUGCCAGAGAGCUUUGUAUUGAGCUGGGGGGGCUCUUGAAAGAGAUGCAGCCAUCCUGACACCUAUUGCUAUGUUUAGCAUAUUAUGGCGAGACCAAUUUAGCUGGAUAUAGACUCUGAACAAAUGAUGCAAUUCGGAAUACUUGCCAUUUCCAUUUUUCAAUCAUUACUAAUUAUUAUGA